GUGAAGCUCACGUAAGGGCGAUUAAUCCGCUGAAUUUAACAACGCUAUCUUUUUGUUUAGUAAAGGAAGGGUGGAGUCAUCGGUGAGAUUAACAACACCGGUUGUCAUAACCUAAGAACAGAACACAGCAGAGGAUUUGACAGGAGCACAAGAAAACCUCUCAACGAAAAUCUAAGCAAAAUAUGUUUUCUCUGCCUACAACAUUUCAGUCGCAGGGAACAGUGCCUUUGACCCAUCUAAUCAAUGUGGUCCAGUACCUGAAGAGUUCAGCCAACUCGGCCGUAACCACAUCGGUGCAGAAUCUACAGAGAGACCCGUCACCUGAACAUGACCCACUUCUCAGUGAGCCUAAAGUAAACUUGAAGGAGCUGGGUCUGUCAGAGCUGAGGUUCAGUCAUGUACAUGAUGUUCUGGAACGCCUGCUGCCAUCUAUAGAUCCAGAGGAGAAAUCCAUCUCCAGUGCUGCUCAAAACUCAACAGCAUGGAGAACAUCUCACAUUUCUGCCCCCUCCUUCUUCCAAAACAAAUAUGGGUUUUCUCACAAACACACGGGACUCUUUGGCUCUCCAGUGUUUCGCAGGCAAAGCUCCAGCCCCCUCCAGACAGCCUGCGUAGAUCUGCACCAUCUGCAAUUAUGGGUACAAAACAGAGGUUUCAAGACAAUGAGGUCCAAGACCAGACGUCUGCAGUCAGGUUUUGAAGGUCCAGUAGAAGCAGAGAAUUAUACACCAGUCUUUAUGAAGGGCCUCAUGAAGGAAAAGCAAGACACAGGGAGUUUUGAACAGCUAUUGAAACAGAAUAACUUGUCAGAAUCUCACCAGGAUGCUUUUAAGACUGGCUUCACAGAGGGCUUCAUGAAGGCUCAGGCAUUGACACAGAGGACUCAAGACUCCGUAAAGAGGACACGUCUGAUUAUUUUUGCCCUCCUGCUGGUGGGCCUGUACGGUGUGUCCAGAAGCCCUCUCUUCUCGGGUAAAGGCUCGUUUUCCGAUACUGUUCGUUUUCGCACCACCUCCGGUCUGGAUUCAGCCGUGGACCCUGUUCAGAUGAAAAACGUCACCUUUGAACAUGUGAAAGGUGUGGAGGAGGCCAAGAACGAACUUCAGGAUGUUGUCGAAUUUUUGCGAAACCCUCAGAAAUUCACUGUGCUUGGCGGUAAACUUCCCAAAGGUAUCCUGCUUGUGGGGCCUCCAGGAACAGGAAAAACCCUGUUGGCCAGAGCUGUAGCAGGUGAAGCAGAUGUGCCCUUUUACUACGCCUCCGGGUCAGAGUUUGAUGAAAUGUUUGUGGGAGUCGGAGCGAGUCGCAUCAGAAACCUUUUCAAGGAGGCCAAAGCUAGUGCACCGUGUGUAAUAUUUAUUGACGAGCUGGACAGUGUAGGAGGCAAGAGAAUCGAGUCUCCCAUGCACCCGUACUCGCGACAGACCAUCAACCAACUGCUCGCUGAGAUGGACGGGUUUAAACCUAAUGAAGGGGUCAUUGUGAUUGGAGCUACAAACUUUGCUGAAGCUUUGGACAAUGCUCUGGUGAGACCAGGCCGAUUUGACAUGCAGGUCACUGUUCCAAGACCGGAUGUGAAGGGACGCACCGAAAUCCUGCAGUGGUAUUUGAAGAAAAUUAAAGUGGAUUCUGCUGUUGAUGCCGAGAUCAUUGCCAGGGGAACAGUGGGUUUCUCUGGAGCCGAACUGGAGAACCUGGUGAACCAGGCAGCGCUGAAAGCAGCAGCUGAUGGGAAAGAACUGGUGACCAUGAAGGAGCUGGAGUUUGCCAAGGAUAAGAUCCUGAUGGGCCCAGAGCGCAGGAGUGUGGAGAUAGACAAGAGAAAUAAGAUGAUAACAGCCUAUCACGAAUCAGGACACGCUAUAGUUGCUUAUUACACCAAAGACGCCAUGCCCAUCAACAAAGCUACCAUCAUGCCACGCGGCCCUUCGCUUGGACAUGUAUCCUUGUUGCCAGAGAACGAUCGCUGGAGUGAGACGCGGGCCCAGCUGCUGGCUCAGAUGGACGUCAGCAUGGGCGGCAGGGUCGCUGAGGAACUGGUGUUUGGAAGUGAUCACAUCACCACAGGAGCGUCCAGUGAUUUUGAUGGUGCCACCAAAAUAGCACAGAUGAUGGUGACACGGUUUGGAAUGAGUGACAAGCUGGGGGUCAUGACCUACAAUGACCUGACGAACCAUAGCCCGGAGACCCAGGCUGCCAUAGAACAGGAAGUCAGGGUGCUGUUGCAGAGCUCAUAUGAAAGGGCAAAGAACCUACUUAAGACCUACAGCAAAGAACACAAGCUGCUGGCUGAUGCCCUGCUGACUUACGAGACUCUGGAUGCAAAGGAAAUUCAGAUGAUCCUGGAGGGAAAGUCACUGGAACCCAGAUGAUUAAAUCUUGGAUUAACAGAGACAUUUCAAGACACAAUCUUACCUGUAAAUAUAAACAUCUGUAAUAAGCGGGACUUUCUAGCCUUCUCUCAAUAUUUUUCAGGGAACACAUUGGCUUUUAAACAGACACUAAGCUAACAGAAAUUCAGACAUUUUGUAUUCAUUUGAGAUGGUAAAUUGAUGCCAAAAGUACGUCCAGUAUGCCUAAGCAGUGAACCAGUGGAAAUGGCUACUAAUCAAUUAAACUAAAUUCUUUGCUUUGUUUUUAGAAGCUAAGUAUAUAACAGGAAAAGUAUGAUGCUCAUAAUUUGCUUUAUUCAUCCUAUUCUUUGUUACCCAGUCAUCAAAUUUAAGCACUUGUCAUGGAGAAAUGGAGAAAAACAGAAAGCAGAACAAUUUUUAACUCAUUAAUGGUGCACUUUUCUUUGAAAUCAAAUGCUGGUGGGCUUCUGCCCAAAUCAGGAUGUCUCAUUUUCAGUAAUCACAGUAGUACAGAUUGUUCAAUUAUGAAUGUGACUUCAGAAUGUCAGUAUUAUUUUUGCAUUCACAGAUAUAGAAUAAAUAUAUCUGUAAAUGCAAAUCUGAGCAAUUAGCUAAUGUAGAUUUUUGUCUAUUGUUUCCACUGGACCUUUCGAACUUACUAACCCCUGAUCUUAUUCAUUAAGUUAUUUAUUUGAAUAUACUCCAGGGGUAGCUAAAAGCCUCCUGCUGCUAUCCUCUGUCACAUUUGAGUUGUCUGCAUGUGUGUGUUUAAACGGCUCAGGUGACUGCACUGUAUAUAUGUGUGGGUUGGAAAAAUUAUUAGUGUGCUUGCUUUUGAAAUUAAUACCAUGUUUAUUUCCAUUUCUCUUAAUCCGGAAUGAACAGGGAUAUGACUAUAAAUAAAAUACAUAAAUAAAGGUUA